GCGCACAGGCAGUUCGCAGCCCUCCUCAGUGGGAGAGAAGUUUUCGCCAAAGGAUUCUGUCCAAGAAUUAAAACACCUUCAUGUCGACUCUGUUGGAUACUAACCGGCCGAUGCUAUGGUUACCUUUAUUACGGUACUGGGCUUGAGAGGUAGAAAGAGAUUUGGACGUCAGAGGGAGCGUCCAAUUAGCUACAAAUUGGAUGCCGACUGCCAAACAAACCAAGAUCUUACAGGUGAAUCUAGUGAUGUCCAUCCUGCUCUAUGUGAUGGUCCUCGUGUACCUCUAUGGUAUCCAGGCAACCAACAUGGAAAACAGUCGCCAGGGGCAACAGCAGCAGCAGCAGCAGCAGCAGCAGCAGCAGCACCAGCAGCAGCAGCAGCCCAGUCCGGACCCUUUAAACUCCCUCAUCAUCCAGCUCCUCCAGGCUGACCUGACCAGAGGCAGGACAAGGGGGAACCAGACCCAGCAGGGGAAAAGCAGGGACACGGACCACCGGGAUGCGCUGCCGCCUCUCCACGGUGCUAGCCUGGUUCCGGAGGAACGCGGGGACGCAGAGCAGUGGGGAGAGGCGGGCCGCAGCGGCGAAAGCAACGCCAGUGUGGACGAGGGGCAGAUAACCAUGUUGAACUCGGACCUACUGAGGCAGCACAAGCGCUUUAAUUCCCCCCGAGUGCUGCUGAGUGACCGGGCACCGCUGCAACCGCCGCCGCUGUAUAUGGCGGAUGACUUUGUAAGCGGGGGACCAGAGGGCGAAACAUCCGGAAACAAGACCCGGAAGAAGCGCUACACUGCACACAAGAGUUAUCGCGGGGAAUACUCCGUGUGCGACAGUGAGAGCCAGUGGGUGACUGAUAAAACCCAGGGGGUGGACACGAGGGGAACCCCCGUCACCGUUUUGGGCAAAAUUAAAACCAGCGUGACGCAGGAUAUUAAACAAUAUUUUUACGAGACGCGUUGUCAGACCCCACGGCCUUUCAAGGGAGGCUGCAGGGGCAUUGACGACAAGAACUGGAACUCGCAAUGUAAGACGACACAGACUUACGUGCGAGCGCUAACGCAAGUUCGCAAUUCAGUCGGCUGGAGGUGGAUACGUAUUGAUACUUCUUGUGUUUGCGCACUGUCCCGGAAACGUCACAGGACGUAAACCCGCCCAACCCAGAAUUCUACGUUCCGUUUCCAGUUCACAGUGCUCUCCACCACAGGAAUAUGCAUUGAAGUGGUGAUAUAAAAUGACACAUCUCUUGAAGAAAAUCUGGGUCCAUUUCAAUGAAUUUCAUGCUGCAAAUCCAAAUCCAAAUUUCAUGGUGCAGCGUUGCUGUUUUGGAAGAACUCAUCUGAGUCAGGGUGUGAAGGGGAACUGUAUAUAUAAAUUAUUUAAAUUAUAUGAAAUGCAUGUAGUUUAUACAUGUUUAUCUAAAUAUAAAUGUAUGAAUAUAUUUGUGUUAUUUAUUGAAAGAAGUCUGCUUCCAAAGGAACAAAAAUCUUUAAAAAAAAAAAAAGAAGAAGAAUACAUGUCAAUGGACUUAUGUCAAGACUACAAGACCAAGCUGGGCUGCAAAGAUGCUUCACACUGAGACUUAUUAUGUGCCUUGACCAGUGUGGCUGCAAAGCAAAGUGGGACACAUUCACACGCAAAACAGGUGUAAAAACUUUCAGCAACAGUUUUGAGAUUUGAUUGGGCACACAUACGAUAUAUUAAAAAUUGGCCAAACCACCUUUACAAACAGUUCAUUCUGUGACGCUUUACACAAACUAAAUCCAGAAAUUGCUGUCAGUGAAUGAAGUGAUGGUUAAAACAACAAACAAAAAAAAGUUGUUCUUUUGUCUACACUGAUGACCCUCGUCACGAAACUGGUGUCACAAGCAAUAUAUGUUUUUUUUCCUUUUAAUAAAAUAUAUUAAAAAAAAAAAAAAAAGUAAUGUUUGGAAAUA